AUACAGUACAUUCAUGUAAAAAAAAAACAAAGCAUAUGGCCUCAAAAGUCUUAAAUAUACAUUUGUUAAAUCAUUUGAAAUUGAUUCCUUUUUUAAAAUUUGCAGUGAGUUUGAAUUCCUAGAGAUUUGCUACAAAAGCCAUGGAAAUCAGAGUAAAUGGGAUUUUGAUGUUCUUUUAAUAAAAUAGGCCAGCAUAGUUUUUAAUCGGGUGGCAGAGCCGGGCCAUGCACAUCCUCAAGCGUGUGCCUUUCAGGGCAAAUUACUACCUACCACCAAGGUUAUCAGUGUCAUCUGACAGCAAAGUUUUUUCUCUGGAAACUAGAGCUACACCUAGUUUUUACUACAUGCACUAUUCAAACAAGAUCACAUUGCCACACCUGCUAUGAAAACUACCAGUGUUUGCCCUUCACAGGAAAAUUACAGACUUGGCAUAUUACAUCUCUCCCAUUUGUUUUUCACAUGUAGUGCAUGUGUUUUUAUUUUUCACAUGAUUCAUUCAUCAUUCAUUCAUUCUUCUUCCAGAACAAAUUUAACUUGCUCAGGGUCGCAGUGGAUCCAGAAGGGAUCCAAGUCCAUCAUAGCAGACUUUGCACACACACACACACACACACACACAUUCAUUUACACCUAGGGUUAAUUUCGAGUAGCCAGUCCACCUAUUCUUGUUUUUGGGAGGUGGGAGGAAACCAGGACAAAACCCUGAUGGACACAGACACGUGAAACUCCACACAGACAGUAACCUGCACUCAAGAUUGGACCAGAGACAAUGCAGCUGCGAGGCAGCAAUACUCAAAUCAUUUAUUUUCACAUAUUAAUUUUUCAUGUGUUUUAUCACAUAUAAUACAGCUUGAUGAUUUCUCGAAUCAUAAGAUGUUGAUUAAUUUUCUAUACCAGCAGCUAGACACACCCCCUCCCCUGAAGAUGUGAUUCUACAGCUGUAAGACUAAAGACAUUAGCUGAAAAAUGUAACAACCUGGCUUGUUUAAAAAAAAGUUGACAAUGAAAAUAGAAUAUUUAAAGAGGUUUGGACAGAGAAGUACAUCGAUCAGCCCUAACAUUAAAACCACUUGCCUAAUAUUGUGUAGGUCUCCCUUGUGCCGCCAAAACAGCUCUGACCUGUCGAGGCAUGGAAGGUGUGCUGUGGUAUCUGGCACCAUGAUGUUAGCAGCAGAACCUUUAAGUUCUGUAAGUUGCGAGGUGGGGCCUCCAUGGAUCAGAUUUGUUUGUCCAGCACAUCCUUGAACUCUUUAUCAUGUUCCUCAAACCAUUCCUGAAAAUUUUUGCAGUGUAGCAGGGCGCAUUAUCCUGCUGAAAGAGGACACUGCUAUUAGGGAAUACUGUUGCCAUGAAGGGGUGUACUUGGUCUGCAACAAUGUUUAGGUAGGUAGUACAUGUCAAAGUACAUGAACGCCAGGAUGCCAAGGUUUCCCAGCAGAACAUUGCCCAGAGCAUCACACUGCCUCUGCCAGCUUGCCUUCUUCCCAUAGUGCAUCUUGGUGCCAUCUCUUCCCCAGGUAAGUGAUGCACACACACCCAGCCAUCCACAUGAUGUAAAAGAAAACAUGAUUCAUCAGACCACACCACCUUCUUCCACUGCUCCAUGGUCCAGUUCUGUUGCUCACAUGUAGGUGCUUUUGGCGGUGGACAGAGGUCAGCAUGGGCACUCUGACCGGUCUGCGGCUACGCCAUAGCCAGCCAGCAUUAACCUUUUCAGCAGUAGCUACAGUAGCUCUCCUGUGGGAUCGGACCAGACAGGCUAGCCUUCGCUCUCCAUGUGCAUCAGUGAGCCUUGGACGCCCAUGACCCUGUCCCCAGUUCACCAGUUGUCCUUCCGUGGACCAAUUUUGGUAGCUACUAACCACUGCAUACCAGGAAGACCUCACAAGACCUGCCGUUUUGGUGAUGCUCUGACCCAAUCAUCUAGCCGUCUCAAUUUAUGCCUUGUCAAAGUCACUCAGAUCCUUACACUUGCCCAUUUUUCCUGCUUCCAACACAUCAACUUCAAGAAAUGAUUGUCCACUUGCUACCUAAUAUAUCCCACCCCUUGACAAGUGUCACUGUAAUGAAAUAAUCAGAGUUAUUCACAUCACCUAUCAGUGGUUUAAUGUCACGGCUGAUCAGUGUAUAUGUUUAUUCUCCUCAAGGCCACUUCAUAAUUGAUAUAUUUAUGUAUGUACUGUAAGUAUGUAUAUAGAUUAUAUGCAUGUAUAUUAUCUACAAUACACAAUAAUAUUAGGAAACAUUUCAGCGAUUAUAAUGAAUUGUUUAGUAAGAGCAGUGAAAAGUUUUACAUCCAGUGAGGAUGAAUACUUAUGCACUUAAGUUUUAACUGAAAAAAUUUCACAUGUUUAUUUUUAAAUAAUUUGGGAAAAUAUAUAGAUUGUACCCUCUGCUUCAAUAUUAUGGGAUACUUUGUGGUAAAUUCAUGACAUAUAAUCCUGUUUAAAUCCAUGUCAUUUCCAGUUGUAACACAACAAAUUGUGGAAAGGGUCAGUGAGGUGAGUACUUGCAAGGUGCUGUAAUGAGAGCGAGAAAUGUAGGUUUGUAGGUUUUGACCUGUAGGUGGAUUGUGGGUGUUUAGUACGAUCUAAUUUCUGUGUGAAAUUUAAUAGUUUGUUCCAUGAAAAUUAAAAGAGCGAUGUUUGUCUGCUCAAAUUGUUUAUUUGCUUUUUGCUUCCAAAGUCUGUGCUGAAGAGGUCAGUGUUUGUGGGUUUUUUCCUGCUUGCUCUCAUCGCUGUGAGCCAUGCAGCCUGUGGGAAAAUCAAAGCAGGUAGAUGUUUACACACACACACAUGCACACACACUAAACUUGGUAGGUUUUGAUUGACAUAAUUCAGCUAAUUAAUGCUAUGCUAACCCUAACCUUAACCUCAAUAUCCAAAAGGGAAGAGAAAAAGCUAAAAAUAUUAGCUAAAGAAGCUAAAGAAAUCCAAAUAUUUUUAAAAGACAUUUGCAGCAUCAGACCAGAGACUAGCUACAGCGACAGGACUAGAGAUAUUAGCUAACAAAAGGAAGAAUUUUCACAGAUUUUUUUAGAUUUCUCAUUUUCAUUAGCCCUCUCUGGUCUGAUUAGAAAAGUGACAACUGGGCUCAUUAAAAAAACUAAAUAAAAUCUGACAAUGAAAAUUGAAUAUUUAAACACAAGUGAACAGAGAAGCUUGAGUUUAUUCAAAAGGUCCAUGUCCAAUUCAGAUCUGAUGUCUCAUCUGUUUAGAGUCCAUGGCGAUAGUGAAAAAUGGUAAUGUGAAGCACUACUACAGAACAAAACAUAACCACUUCAGUAGCAAUGAAUAAUCAUUAAUGAUUGAGCAUUAAAAGGUCACAUUUGUCUCAAUUCAGUCAUGACUUCACUUAUCCAGGCCUUUGUAAUCAAGGAAUUUUAAAUAGCUGGACCUUUAAAAAUUUUCAUUGAACACCCUUGUGCUAGGAAAUGAGGUAUCGAGAUAUUGUUACAAUAAGGCACAUGACCUAGUAGCCAUAAUACGACAGCUUUGCUGAACUUUCUUGUGUACUUGUGGGAUUAGUGUAUUUAGUCCUAUGUCUGUGCAAUUAUUCCUUUAUCUAUUUAUAUUUUACUAUGAAGUUGGAUAUUAACACUAUUUUAAGUGCGACUCAUUGUCAGGACCGCGUGGAUAAGACGUGGCACCCGGUUGGAUCCAGCUGGACAAACAGCGAGUGUGCACAGUGCCACUGCAGAUCCGAUUACGCUUCAUGAUGUGAUGGGUAAAUAUAUAACAUAACAAAACACCCUUAAAUGUAAAAUAUGUAAUAUGUACUUCCAUGCCAGUAAUGCUCAAGCUAACACUUACAGAACAAAGUGUGGAGUUUAUUAGCAUACAAUCAAUUUCUUCUUCUUUUUUUAACAGCUGGUGUCACACCUCAGAGGACGAUUUUCUCUGGAAACAUUGUGAACACCUAGUUUUUACCACAUCCAUUAUUCAAACAAGAUCAUAUUGUCACACCUGCUCUGAAAACACUUACCAGUGUUUGUCCUGACAGAAAGGUCAUGGGAAAAUUUCACUUUUCACACUUCACACUAGUGCAUGUGUUUUUAUUUUUCACGUGAUUAAGUGUGUGUGUGUGUGUGUGUGUGUGUGUGUGAGAUGACAAUUUUUUAAUGACUUGACCCUAGUUUGGAUUUUGUUUUUUAUUCAUUUGGCUCCAUCUGGCCUGGUUUGGAUUGGUUUGGUUCACUUUUGGUUUGGGCUGGAAUGCCUUGACUCAUUAUGUUUUGGACCCAAUUUAUCAUGGUUCAUUUUGACUCAAUGGUUAGCAUUGUAGGGCCAAUUUUUCUGUUUGUUUGUUUGUUUGGUUGGUUUGGUGUCAUGUAAUCAGAUUUGAGUGAAGCCUGGUUCUUGAUUUUCAGGUUAGUUCGGCUCAGUUUAGUUUGAGCUCAUUUGAGCAGAUUUAGCUUGGUCCUUGCUUUUUGAGUUGGUUUAUGAUUCAGUGUGGUUUAAUUACACAUAUUUAGCCUUCUUUAAUAUGGUCACUUUGGCUUUCAUUUGCUGUGUUUGGUAUGGUUUCUGUCUUUUGUGACAACUUUAACCUGCUCAGGUUCACAGUCAUUAUUCACGCCAAUCUAUCAUAGGACACUAUGCACACACACACACACACACACACACACACACACACACACACACACGCAGAUUCAUUUACAGCUAAUUUCAAGUAGCCAAUCAACUUAUUCCUGUUUUUGGGGGGUUGAUUAAUUUUCUAUAGCAGCAGCUCAGUCCCAGAUGUUUAUAUUAAUGCACAAGAAUGUCUUUGUAUGCUGUAGCAUUACAAUUUCCCUUCACAAAGACAUACUAGACAAUUGUAUGAGUCCAACUUUGUGGCAACAGUUUGGGGAAGAACCACAUUUGGAUGUGAUGGUCACGUGUCCACAAACAUUUGUUCAGAAUGUAUGGAGUACUUACUGUAUAUCCAGUUAAGUACAUAUACAUAUAUCAGUAUGAAGUGUUUUCACAGUCAGUUCCUUUCAUGAUCUGUGACUCUAACGUUUUAUGUUCGUUGGCUAUGUAAUGUAGUGUCAUGCCUCCUCCACACCCUCCGAGUGAGCAAGUCAUUUCUCGUUCUUGAGCUGGGGAGAUGAGUAAGAUAAAAAAUAUACAUAUCCUUCCCUUUUGUGCUGCUUUGUGGCUGUGUUAGUUCAAAACCAUUACAUGAGCCUCUCAUGGUGUUUGACUUUUGGGGUUUGGUCAUGAGGUUUGUUCUCUGCUUUUCCUUUCUGGAAAGUGUUUUGGAAUCCCCAAUUAUUCAUGUGUGUCUGGUCCCCAUUUCUUGGACUAUACCUCUGCCUUUGCAUGUUUAGCUACACACAAAGACAGUGUAGUCCUUCACUGGAACUAAGAGGCCCAAACCUGUUCCAGCAUGACAAUGCCCCUGUGUCCAAAGCAAGCUCCAUGAAGACAUUUCUUGCCAGGGUUGAUUAAGGUGGAAGAACUCAAGUGUCCUGCACAGAGCCCUGACCUCAACCCCACUGAACACCUUUGGUAUGAACUGGAACACUGACUGCAGCCCAGGCCUCCUCACUCAACAUCAGUGCCUGACAUCCUCACAGCCAUGCUCCAAAAUACAGAAGAGUAGAAGUUAUUAUAAGAGAAAAGGGGGACAAAUUCUGCAAUGGGAUGUUCAACAAGCACAAAUGAAUGUGAUGGUCAGGUAUCUACAAACUUUUGGCUUUAUAGUGUAUGAGAAAGAAGAUGCUGGAAAUUCCACCUUAGUAGAAUGUGUGUCAUGCCAGGUCCCUAUGUAUGUUGACACUUUAACGAUGUAACUUUUGGCUAUAUCAGAUAUUUGUGUUCAUGUCUUGAGUAAACCCAGUCGUUACACAAAUGACUUGCAUAAAUCAUACUGAUAUGUACUGAUCACGUGAUGCUGGUAACUCCAUCCCUCAUUCUGCUGUAUUUAAAACCAAGCAUCCUCUUUAGAUAGUAGAUUUUGAAGCACUGGAGUGUCCCAACUUGUUAAAAUGAAGUCAGUGUUCGUGGGUUUUGUUCUGCUUGCGCUCGUCUCUGUGAGCCAUGCUGCCUGCUGGUUCAAAGAAACCAAAGGUGCGACUCAUUGUCAGGAUUCCGUGGAUAAGACAUGGCACCCGGUCGGAUCCACCUGGACAAACCGCAAGUGUACAAAAUGCUCUUGCGACGCCGAUUCCAUGGGUUGCUGUGAUGGAUGGCCAACGCGCGUGUCUAAAGACUGCAUCAUUAAAUAUUAUUAUAAAACUUGUACAUAUAAAGUGAUUAAUACGAAGAUUCCAGGUGGUCCGUGCUCUGGUGUUGGAAAGUGACUGUCAAGAUGAAAUGAAUUAAAGUUUAUCGCAGAAGUAAGAGACCAGAGGCAUAAAAUAAUAUGCUCCUGAUUACUUUGAUCUGAACCUACAAUAAAGCAUUACUGAAGCAUUAGUGCUGGUGAGACUUGUGAUUUGAUUUGUCAAUAAACUGAACUCUUCUGAAUAAUAGAAGAAAUUAGUAUCAUGUCCACCAAGGAACCACCGGUCUGAGUAGGGAAACAUGGAAAUUCUAUAUUGGCUGGGUAAUUGUACACGGUAUGUUUCAGGCUUAGUUUUAAUAAUGAUUUUGAAAGGAUCAAUAUAUUUUGGACUUUUGAACUUCUGGUUAGGAGGCUAGGAGGCUAAGAGGCUAGGAGGUCCAGGGUGGACAGUCAGACUCUCUCUCCACUUGGAGUUUCUCCUCUGUGUCAUUAUGCCUGUUCCUUGUGAUGUCGUAAUGCUUGAUGCAGCUGUCUGUGUUUAAAAUUAUCAUUUACAUUUACCAUCUAGAUUUAACAUUUAGAAUUACAUUUGACAUCUACAUUAAACUUUUAGAUUUAACAUUUAUUUUUAAUAUUUAUAUUUAAUAUUUAGGUUCCCUGGUGGACUAGUGGCUAGCAUGUGGCGCUCUCAUGGCCGUGGUCUGGGUUUAAUUCCCGGUCAGGGAACCAACCCCAGCCACUGGAGGGUUACACAAGCCAGUGCGCUUUCAGUUUCGGGCCAGAAAUGGGGAAGGUUGCAUCAAAAAAAAAAAAGUCAAAAUAUGCGGACAUUUGAUCCGCUGUGGUGACCCUGAACAGGAACGGGGGGGGGGUUAUAUCUAAAAUUUACACAGAAACCUAACAUUUUAUUUAUCCUAUCCUGGGAACACUGGAAGGAAGGUGAGAAUGCAUACUGCAUGGGAUAUCAGUCCAUUGCAGGGUACCAUGAACAUGCACAUUCACACACUCAUUCACACCUAGGGGUAAUUUGGUGUAGCCAGUCCAACUACCAGCACAGUCAUUAUUCACGCCAGUCUAUCAUAGGACACUAUGCGCACACACACACACAAACACACACACACACAGUUUCAUUUACACCUAAUUUCAAGUAGCCAAUCAACUUAUUCCUGUUUUUGGGGGGUUGAUUAAUUUUCUAUAGCAGCAGCUCAGUCCCAGAUGCACAAGAAUGCACAAGAAUGUCUUUGUAUGCUGUAGCAUUACAAUUUCCCUUCACAAAGACAUACUAGACAAUUGUAUGAGUCCAACUUUGUGGCAACAGUUUGGGGAAGAACCACAUUUGGAUGUGAUGGUCACGUGUCCACAAACAUUUGGUCAGAAUGUAUGGAGUACUUACUGUAUAUCCAGUUAAGUACAUAUACAUAUAUCAGUAUGAAGUGUUUUCACAGUCAGUUCCUUUCAUGAUCUGUGACUCUAACGUUUUAUGUUCGUUGGCUAUGUAAUGUUGUGUCAUGCCUCCUCCACACCCUCCGAGUGAGCAAGUCAUUUCUCGUUCUUGAGCUGGGGAGAUGAGUAAGAUAAAAAAUAUACAUAUCCUUCCCUUUUGUGCUGCUUUGUGGCUGUGUUAGUUCAAAACCAUUACAUGAGCCUCUCAUGGUGUUUGACUUUUGGGGUUUGGUCAUGAGGUUUGUUCUCUGCUUUUCCUUUCUGGAAAGUGUUUUGGAAUCCCCAAUUAUUCAUGUUUGUCUGGUCCCCAUUUCUUGGACUAUACCUCUGCAUUUGCAUGUUUAGCUACACACAAAGACAGUGUAGUCCUUCACUGGAACUAAGAGGCCCAAACCUGUUCCAGCAUGACAAUGCCCCUGUGUCCAAAGCAAGCUCCAUGAAGACAUUUCCUGCCAGGGUUGAUUAAGGUGGAAGAACUCAAGUGUCCUGCACAGAGCCCUGACCUCAACCCCACUGAACACCUUUGGGAUGAACUGGAACACUGACUGCAGCCCAGGCCUCCUCACCCAACAUCAGUGCCUGACAUCCUCACAGCCAUGCUCCAAAAUACAGAAGAGUAGAAGUUAUUAUAAGAGAAAAGGGGGACAAAUUCUGCAAUGGGAUGUUCAACAAGCACAAAUGAAUGUGAUGGUCAGGUAUCUACAAACUUUUGGCUUUAUAGUGUAUGAGAAAGAAGAUGCUGGAAAUUCCACCUUAGUAGAAUGUGUGUCAUGCCAGGUCCCUAUGUAUGUUGACACUUUAGCGAUGUAACUUUUGGCUAUAUCAGAUAUUUGUGUUCAUGUCUUGAGUAAACCCAGUCGUUACACAAAUGACUUGCAUAAAUCAUACUGAUAUGUACUGAUCACGUGAUACUGGUAACUCCAUCCCUCAUUCUGCUGUAUUUAAAACCAAGCAUCCUCUUUAGAUAGUAGAUUUUGAAGCACUGGAGUGUCCCAACUUGUUAAAAUGAAGUCAGUGUUCGUGGGUUUUGUUCUGCUUGCGCUCGUCUCUGUGAGCCAUGCGGCCUGCUGGUUCAAAGAAACCAAAGGUGCGACUCAUUGUCAGGAUUCCGUGGAUAAGACAUGGCACCCGGUCGGAUCCACCUGGACAAACCGCAAGUGUACAAAAUGCUCUUGCGACGCCGAUUCCAUGGGUUGCUGUGAUGGAUGGCCAACGCGCGUGUCUAAAGACUGCAUCAUUAAAUAUUAUUAUAAAACUUGUACAUAUAAAGUGAUUAAUACGAAGAUUCCAGGUGGUCCGUGCUCUGGUGUUGGAAAGUGACUGUCAAGAUGAAAUGAAUUAAAGUUUAUCGCAGAAGUAAGAGACCAGAGGCAUAAAAUAAUAUGCUCCUGAUUACUUUGAUCUGAACCUACAAUAAAGCAUUACUGAAGCAUUA